ACGGGGCUGCGAGGCCCCAGUCUGGGAGCAGCCGGGCUGCUGCUGGUCAGCGAACUUGGACCCCGGCGAAGGUGGACUAUGUGGACCCUGGUGAGCUGGGUGGCCUUUGUGGCGGGGCUGGUUACCGCUACACAGUGCCCAGAUGGGCAGCACUGCCCUGUGGCCUGCUGCCAGGAACCAGGAGAUACCCACUAUAGCUGCUGUAACCCACUUCCGGACACAGGGCCCCUGACACUGAGCCGGAAUCUGGACAUACCAUGUGGGGACAGUGGCCACUGCGCUGCCGGCUCCUCCUGCGUCCUCACCGUUUCAGGGACCUCCAGGUGCUGCCCAUUCCCAGAGGCUGUGGCCUGCCCGAACAGCCAGCAUUGCUGCCCCCGGGGUUUCCGCUGUAGCGCCAACGGGCUCUCAUGCUUCCGGACACCAGGUUCCAGCCUUCUGGGCGCCAUCCAGUGCCCCGACAGCCAUGUCGAGUGCCCCGACUCUUCCACAUGCUGCCCUAUGGCGGACGGCUCCUGGGGGUGCUGCCCCAUGCCCCAGGCCCUGUGCUGUGAGGACAAGGUGCACUGCUGCCCCCAGGGCACUACCUGUGACCUGGCUCACGGCCGCUGCCUGUCGCACACGGGCCCCCAGCUCCUGGCGGUGAAGGUCCCCGCCCGGAAGGUUGACAGGGCAGGAAUCACUUGCCCGGACGGUCGGUCUGUAUGUCCUGAUGAUACUACGUGCUGUCAGCUGCCUAACGGGACAUAUGGCUGCUGCCCGAUGCCCAACGCCAUUUGCUGCUCUGACCACGUGCACUGCUGUCCCGAGAAUACCACCUGCGACCUGGCCCACAGCAAGUGCUUCUCUGGGGACAAGGCCACAGACCUGCUCGCCAAGCUCCCUGCACACACGGUGCGGGAUGUGAAGUGUGACACAGAGGUCAGCUGCCCGGAAGGCUCAACCUGCUGCCGCAUCCAGACAGGGGCCUGGGGCUGUUGUCCCUUCAUCCAGGCCGUGUGUUGUGAGGACCUGGUGCACUGCUGCCCCAACGGCUACCGGUGUGACACUAAGAAGGGGACGUGUGAGCAGGGCGUCCAUCAGGUGCCCUGGAUGGAGAAGGUGCCAGCCCGUCCCAGCCCGCCCAGCCCCCGCGUCACUGAGGGCAAUGUUCCCUGUGACAACUUCACCAGCUGCCCCGAGGCCACGACGUGCUGCCGGCUGCCGUGGGGGGGCUGGGGCUGCUGUCCCGUCCCAGAGGCUGUCUGCUGUGCUGAUGGCCAGCACUGCUGCCCCAAGGGCUAUCAGUGCACAGAUGAGGGCCAGUGCAAGAAGGACCACAGGGUGGUGGCCGGCCUGCAGAAGACACCCGCGCACAGCAACACCAGCUGUGACCAGCACACCAGCUGCCCCGAGGGCCAGACCUGCUGCCCCAGCCUCCGGGGGGGCUGGGCGUGCUGCCAGUUGCCACAUGCCGUGUGCUGUGAGGACCGCCAGCACUGCUGCCCCACGGGCUACACCUGCAACGUGAAGGCCCGCACCUGCGAGAAGCAGGUGGCUCCGGCAGCCCCCACCAAACGCUUGGCCCUCGGCCCUCCAGUGGCGGUGGGGAACGUGGCCUGCGGCGAUGGACGCUUCUGCAAAGAUGAGCAGACCUGCUGCAAGGCCCGAGGUGGGGGCUGGGCCUGCUGCCCCUACCCCCAGGGCACCUGCUGCCCAGAUCAGCGCCACUGCUGUCCCUCUGGCUUCCGCUGCUCGGCCCGGGGGGCCAAGUGUACCAGCAGGGAGACCCCACGCUGGGACAGCCCUUGGAGGACUGACGCUCCCAGGCAGCUGCUAUGAGGGGCCACACCGGAGACACUGUCACCCGCAGCCUUGCCCAGGGGGUGCCCACUGCUCAGGCCUCCCCAGCACCCUCCUGACUCUCCUGGACCCUCCCCUGCGGAGCCCCCUAGCCCCAUGGGCCCCUGAGGCCUCCACGGGAGGCCUCCCAGCCCAGACCUCAGUGGAACCUCCUGCAGCGCUGGCCAGGUGCUCUUCAGGGGCACGUGUGUGCCCAGUAAAGUUUGUACA